AUGGAACAACAGAAACAAAUUCAUCCAACGGCGCCUCCGAGUUACGACGAAGCAAUGCACGGAACCACAAGCACGACAAUUAACAUUCAUCCAACUGCCCCGUUUCAGCCUUAUGUCAAUCCGAUCCCGUCUUACGGCACAAUGGUCACGAGUGACGUGAUGACGAUACAACCAACUGCUGAAAAUCCGACACAACGCGUCAUCAUCAAGGAACUAAUUGCCGUCAAUGCUUGCCCGGUGUGUCGAAUUGGGAUGCUGAACGAGGAAUUUACGUGUUGCGGGAUUUUUUGUGCAAUUUUCUUCUUUCCGCUUGGCAUUUUGUGCUGUCUUUGUAUGAAAGAGAAGGUUUGCACGAAUUGCAGUGCGAGAUUUUGA